CCCGCCCUGCCGCGCGGCGCUUGGGUGUUGCGGCCUGGCCGCGCGCUCGGACGGCGGUGCCAUGGCGAUGGCUAGGCUCUGCAGAUUUAGGACUAAAGUCUGCAUGGCACCAUCCUUUGGGAGAUGGCUACAAAAUGAGCUCUGGACAAGGUCAUGGAGAAGGGAAGAUGCUCGCCUACCCCGGUGUUUUGGUACACGGGAGCGUCUGCAGUCACAAACCUGGCGAGUUAAUGCUGUUAAUGGUUAUCUUGGGAGACAGCAAGAGCCAUCUCUGUGUCUGUGCCAUUCGGCCCCUGCUGCUGCGGUCCAACAGAAGGCUGUGGAUGGGAAAAGAGAGGAGUUCAGACUGGUCUACAGGUUUCCAGGGAUUAAGUACUGCAGGGUGCUGUCCAGACUGAAGCUGUUACAGACUGCCACUACUGUGGUCAUACUGCCUCCCAUCUGCUACCUCUAUCUGCAAGACCAGGUUUCUCAGAAUAUCCUCUUGUAUACAACUGGCGUUGCGCUCUUUGCUGGUGCGAUGUUGUAUGGUAUGAGCUACUUUUUCAGAAGAAUUAUCGGAUUAAUCUACUUAAAUGAAACCGGCCGUACUGUCAAAGUGGCUCACUUGACAUUUUGGGGAAGACGGAAUGAUAUUUAUUGUCCUAUAGAGACAGUGAUGACUCUGGAUGAAGCUGGAGAUAGCAAGGGGGAGCUACUUCUCCAGUUCAAACGGUAUAACAGUACAGACAUUUUAUAUUUUACAGUUAAGUUUGGACAGAUUAUAGACAGACAGAAGUUUACUCAAAUAUUUGGAGAACUUAAGUGAUACAGCAACUAACUGCCAGUGAUUUUCCUUGUUGCAUGUUCAUUGUGCUUAUUCUUCUGUGAAGUUUAAUUACUUUACCAAACUGACAUACUUCUGUCACUUUCCCAUGCAGAGCCUGCUGGUAAGUGCACUCAGUGUAGAAAGUAGAAAGGGUAAAGAAAAACCCCUGGAUUAAAUGUCUUUGCAGUUUGUGCAAGGUGCAAGUAGUAUCUCUUCUAUAUUGGAUGCAGUGAUGUGUGUGGUGCACUGUCACCAGCAGCCCUAAGUCUAAACCAUCCUGCUUGGAACAUGCAGGAGGCCGAGUUACCAGUGCUGCCCUGACUGUUUCGGCUGGCCUCAGAUUGCUUUGGAACAGGAAAAACAGGAGAAAAAAAAAAAAGUGAAAUGCAGUAACUCUGCCAGAGCAUCCUCACUUUAAAUUCAUUGUUUCUUUUACCAAAUUUUAGGUUGACUGGGAAGCCUCUUGAAAUUAAAACCUGUCUCAGAUAUGAUAAGUAAUGCUGACUGUCAGAGAUACCUCCAUUUCAUAACACGAGUGCGUAACUGGGAAGGGCAGUAUGGAAUGGUGUGUAAGGUGUGCGGGUCUCUUGGCCAGGUCUUCCAGGCUGUGAGCAUACCCAUGCGAAACAAGACAUGUGGACAGUUCAGCUGUCAGCGUAAGUUACAGACUGGGACAGAAUGUCAGGAGCCUCUUGUAGAAAUUGCUUUUCCCUUGGAAUAAGGGAAAAACAUACCUAAACUAUGAUGCUGCAAGUUACAGGGACAGUCUGUGAUCCUUUGUUCAGUUUGGAUCCUAAUCAUCUUUUUAAUUUGGAACUACUUGUCCUUCUCGGCAUAUAUUUGUGUUUGUUCUGUAUGUAUUUAACCAAUGCUGUAACACUUGAGUUGCAAAAUUUUCAGUAAAUGUUAUCAAAAA